UAAAGUACGAAUAGUGUUCUCCAAUAAAUCAAUCAUAUUUCACUUGUUAUAGUGAUUUUAUGUAUGUUUAAUUCUCUCUACGGCAACGCGCAGGGUUUGAGGAUGUCACAUUUAUCGUGAUAUUUGUGUUUUGUUGACUGAAGUUCCUAAUUAUUGUGUUGAGAUCCUACUGUUAUUUGGUAUCGUUUAUUAUGAAACCCUUGAUUGACGGUAUAAUUAGAGUGGGAUCGGAUUUGGGUUUUAUUGUUGCUUUGAUAGUCACCAAUACCGUUCUGCAGAAUGUUGAUCCGUACAAAAGAGGAUACUUUGUUCAAGAUGAAUCAAUCAAAAAACCAUUUAGACAGAACACUAUCUCAAGUACUGUCCUUUAUGUAGUUUCCUCACUACUAAUACUGAUUACGAUAGUUGUCGGUGAAGUAAUUGUUAGUGCAAAAUCUUUAAGAAAAACUCAUCAUAGAAUACCGGUGGUUUUAUAUCCAAUUUAUGAUUCUCUCAUUGUUGCUUGUUUUGGCUACUUUGCUACUAUCGGUCUUACGGAUGUAGGUAAAGUUUCAUUUGGUCGUCUCCGUCCAAAUUUUCUUGAUGCAUGCAAACCUUCUGACCUUCAAACUACGAUCUUGGGUUUUGUUGGUAAUUUUACUUGUUCAUCAGACAAAUCAAGUGGCCUGAGAAAAUCUUUCCCAUCUGGACAUACCUCAAUUGCAAUAUAUACCGCUAUAUUUCUAUGUCUUUAUAUUCAACUGAGAUUUUCACAUUCUCGCAUGUAUCCGGGUGUAAGAACAUGUUUUCAAAUGAUUUAUGUCGCUCUUGGAUUAGUUGUUGGAUAUUCACGUAUUAUCGAUAAUAAACAUCAUUGGUCUGAUGUACUUGGUGGUGGACUAUUAGGAUUUUUCGUAGCACUAAGUACUCUAUAUUACCUACCGUAUGUUGGAGACACUGGAAAUUCUCUGCCUACUUACAGAGAUGAUCAAGUGACGGUACAAUAUUUUCCAAUGAAUAACUAUUCAUCUAAUGGAUCAGUCAAUUAUUUAAAUUAUAAGACAUUAGAGUGGAAUUUGAAGUACCCGAGAAUUCGGUCUUCAGUCCAACUGACAAAUCUUCACAAUAGUUUCAAGGGAUGAUAAUAUGAAUCUAUUUUCGAUACUGGACUCCCUGUUCAUAAUAAAUGUUGACUAAUGGAUUUUCACACUCAUUCAUAUUGGUUGAUACAUAUAUUAAUUGUACAACUAUGUUCUAGAGAGAAUUCAGUUAGUAUAUUUAUUCUACAGAAUAAUUGUUCCUGUUUAUUUGAAAUAUAUACUUGUGAAUAUACUUGUCCAAAUGAAGUCGGUGUGUGAUGUCAAACCAUAAAUUCUAUACUAAAUAUCCUAUGGACUAACUUCGAAAGGUCGUUCUUAGAGUUUUAAUAAGAACCACCGGCAAGAUCAAUCAUGUUGGAGUCAAGCAAUUUUCACAACAUUUCGAAUCGAUCGGAACUAGAAAUAUGAACUAUUGGCUGUUGUCUCAAUGAUCCAAAUGUGAAAGACUUAGUGAUACCUGAAUGUUUUGGGUUCAAUCUCAGAUGAGAUAGUGAAUGCGCACCACUGAAAAGUUCCAUACUCAGUCAAGUGUGCAACGUUGGACGUGGGAUAUGUGUACAUCGGUUCAAGUUACCAUAUAUCUCAUAGAACAGUGAGGUGAAAUUGUUGAGGCUUCUUUGUUUUCAAUAAUUUCCCUUGACUUAUAACUACAAAUAACCUAUGCUAACAAUUAUCUAGAAGGAUUUAACAGAUAGUAUCCUAAUACAUUUCCAGACUUGUAUGUUACUGUUGAUAAUAACGAACUGUAUGUUCAACACACAGUUCCCUAAACAUUUGUACUAGAUGUCUAAAGUACAUAGUACAGUGUUGUUGAUCUAUUGUAUACAGUUUACGUGUUUACUGUGUUCAUAUGAUAUAUCAUAAGAUAUGUCCUCUCAUUUAAUUUACAUAAAUAUUUCCAUCUAUCUUUAUGUAUGUCAAUGAAUUGUAUAAUGAGUAAUGUUAUAGAUUUUCAAUAUGGUGCAUUAGAUCUAGUAUAGAUGUGUAUCAUUACAAAUUGUAAU